GUGAUUGGUUCAGGACUGAGUAACCUCCGCUGCUAUUGGUCCUGUCUUCGGAUUUUCCUGGUUCUGUGAUGCCGUAAUCUGAAGAUGGAGCGGCGGCCGUCUCUGAUGUGUUAGCUGGGGAGCGCUCCACCAUGGCGCAGGAUUGGGGAGCCAAGAAGCUGGGCCCGCCCCCGGAGGACGUGCGCUAUGACUCGGGGUUGGCGGACUCUGUGCAGUCCCUGCAGGAGGAGGCCGUGCUGAGACUCCCCUCGGCUUCUGACGACGGACCCCCAAAAUCUGGUGCUGCCUCUCGGCUGCCCCUCGGCGACGCUGCGGACAAAGUCUCCGACGUCCAGGACCUGGAGCGGGUGGACUCCACCUAUGGCUCCGUUUCCUUAACAGAGUCCCUGCCUCUGACAUGCCUGCCCCCUAGUGGAGCCCCGGAGACUGGCAGCCAGGACACCGAGCAGCUGGACAGCCUGACCUACCUGUCCGAAGAGGGCGACACUCUGCCUGCACCCCUCCAUCUCUUCUCCGCCUCUGACUUGGUGAGUUUUUUACUAGCCGGGUGGCCCCUGGAUUGUGGUCCUCACCACCUUCUUCAUCUCUUUCAGCUCCUCGCUCUUCUCCCCUUCGAUGAUCUGAAGAUUUCCGGAAAACCAGUGGUGACGUCGGCCUGAGCAGCGCCAGCAGCCGGCCCGGACCGCCGCGCGCCGGACCCUGUGAACCGGCCGUACGGCAGAGCUGCUCCCUUAAAGACUCGGACUGAGCAGUGGGCGUGGCCUCAUGGGAAGGCGGUGUCAUGUGACUGCAGCCCGAUACAGUAUUGCCCCUCCCCUUCUGUCCCAGUGCGGAGCAGA